AUGCCUGGGGCGAACCCUUUUAAAGUGCUUGACAACAACAACCUAUUUCUGAUCAGGAACAAGGAAAAGGAGCGCAGGAAACUGGUGUGUAUGUGUGUCCAUGUGUGUGUGCGACAAUAAAUAUUUUUGAGUCAUUAUUAUCGAUUCAAUACAAUUGUUAACAAUGCAACUUGGGCCAGGAUUCAAUCCGAUCGUAGGGUGUCUGGCAUUGCGUUUUUUAAAGGCAAUAUCCGAUUGAGCCGACAUAUGCAGUGUUUACCGUUAAUGGGAUCUCCGCGAACGCGGUAACAUUCCCUUUAAAAGCUACAAUGUCUAUAACCUGAGAUCUGUAUAUAAUGAUGAGAUGCUCAUACCUUCGCCAUAACAAUGGGAGUAGUUGUCCCAAAGGCAGGAAGGUAGGUGACAAGCUUAGGUCCAAAAUAAGUGGCCUUAUUUUGGACAGAUUUUGGAAAAAGUGAAACCUCUCGCUUCGGCUCUUCCUCUCUGCUAUAACCCACGAUUGGAUUGAAUCCUGGCCCUGGUUUGAAUCCCAGCCAAAAUCAUGUUUUAUUCAGUGCAUUACACAUAUAGUUACUUUUUAGUUACCUCUGUCCAACUGGUAUCUGUCCAACAUCAUUUAAAAUCACGCACCUAUUUUCUUUCCAGGAGCUGCAGAGCCAGUUGGGUUUGCGGGUCCAUGAGAAGGUGACCUAUGCGGGCCGUAUGAAGGCCAAGCAGGGUGACCUCCGCAGGGAGCUGAGAGAGGGGCUGGAGGAGGACACAGCCCAGCCAGGAGGGGAGGAGAGCAGGCCGGCCCAGCAACAAAACACCCCUGCCUGGAGGGUGGCCAUGAUCAAAGGUGCACACACACCAACACACACCAUGUUGCCUCACCAUAAUUGACAUAUUAUGACACACGCUUUAGGUCUAUACACACACAUACUGUAUAGUGUAGGCCUAAACACAAAGGCUUGCACUGGAGUCAUUGACACAACUGAAAUAAUUCUUAUGGUCAAUCAAGAGCACUGAAAAUACAGACUGCAAAACAAUACUUUUUAUUUUCCUCUUUGCCUUUAUACUUAACCUCAGGCCCAUCGUUUGACAAUGCCAUGCUAUUUCAAUUUUAAAGUUGUAUUAGUCGUAUAUACGGGAUACACAUGGUACAGAUGUCAGAUCUUAACUUGGGCCUAGAUUCAAUCAGCUCAAGCGUUAACCGGCGAUAGCAGACACCCGCAUAGCGGAUGUUUUGGCAGUGUCAGAGGUGGAACUGCAGUUGGAGCCAUCAAAUCGGUGAGCAGCUGCUCUUGCAAUCAUUGUCAUGAAGCCACACCUGCCCCACGCUUGUUAGAAGUUCAGAGCGAGAAAGUGUAAGCUAUAUAGAAAUAAUUACACUCAAAUUGAAAAAUUAUUAAACAAAAUAAUGAGGAUUUCUGUCAUCCUAAUCGAGGUGUAGAUUACAUCUCACAUUCCAGUGUUCAAACUUGUAAACAAGGCUGCAUGGGAUUUCUGUUAAUGUGACUCCUCUGCAUGGGAUUUCUGUUAAUGUGACUCCUCUGCAUGGGAUUUCUGUUAAUGUGACUCCUCUGCAUGGGAUUUCUGUUAAUGUGACUCCUCUGCAUGGGAUUUCUGUUAAUGUGACUCCUCUGCAUGGGAUUUCUGUUAAUGUGACUCGUGCAGCCCUUGGCAAUGUCCACUUUAGGGAUAAUGCCAGGAGACACUUGUGGAUUUGACAGCUCUAACACAGCUAUGCGGAUGUCGGCUAAAGUGGAUCUGAUUGAAUAGAGCCCACGAUCAAUCUUUUGUCAAAGAGAAUUUCCCUACUGCAUCAAAAUGAGAAGUUCUCUUUCUCUCCAUGCGGGGGCAGUUGAGUCAUUGGGAUCAGGGCUUGCUAUCAAAAUCAUCCUCUCUCUCGCUCAAAUGCUAGGCCUAGGUCCUAUUACAGCAACAUUCAAAAGUACAAAAAUAUAUUUCAAAUGCAGCCAUACACAUCAACAACCGUCGUUUUAUAUAGCUUAUUAACACAAUAUAUAUAUUGGUCUCCACUAGGCUAUGACAUACAAGUGUCAAGUGUAUCCGAAAUGCAGCUGUACAGUAGCCUACCGUAGCCUAUCAAAACUAAUUGCACACAUAGGCCUAUAAUAUCAGAUGUAACGACAAGAUGAAAUUGAGAAUAAUGAGGUAGCCUACGGAAUGGAGCGCGAUGGCGCGUGAAAGCCCAUGAUUUUUUUUUGCUUUACAAUAUAUGUCAUCGAAAAAGAGGAUAGCUUAAGGGUUCUAGCGAACCUAAUGUUACCAAUCAACUGUCAAAAUGUAGCUCAAUUGUGGACUGGGGUGGUCUAGUGGUUAUGGCUGCUUCCUUCAGCGCUCACAUGAAGGCUUACUGUGUUGGCAUGGGUUCGAUUCUGGCCCAUGCCCUUCUGGCACAAAUAACUCAAUCCCCCCAUUGACUUGAUUUAGUUACACAUUUCAGAUAUUUUACCCCGAUCUUCAUAAGAAAUGAUCAUACCAGACACUUUUAUAGACAGUUGUAUUUAAUAGGUAACAUAAAUAGGAAACAAAUAAAAUAAGAACAGUAGGCUACACCAACAGUAGUUUCCAUUCAUACGAAGUGUAAGCGAGGAAAUACUUUAUUUCAAUUGUAUGGAAUGCUUGUCAAAUAGAUCAAUCGCCCUUAGUCUGUUCAAAAAGUUGUUCCGAUGACAAUACCAACCAGAGGGUGAACAUAUCUUGAAAGACUUUGGUAGCAAGCAGGACUAAGGUAACAAUGACAUCUUUUAGGGAAUGGUAAUGAGGUGACCAAUAAUGGUUACAAUUUAGAUCAGCUGUGCGGAUUAAUUUAGAAUUUAUUGAUGGUUUGAACAGCUUGUUGAACAGCUGAUUUCACCAUCCCCAUUCCUGCAAUUUGCGCCAACCCUGUCUCUUUAAGCACGCAACAAUGAUUUGGUCCUUAUCGUUCAAGAAUCUGGCACUUUGCCGCACCCAUGUGUUAAUGUUAAAAUCCUCCCACUGCUAAAUGACAUAAUAUAAGGCCUAGCCUAGAUCGUCAUCAUACUGUAUUAUCAUUAUAUUAUACAAGCCUAUUAUUAUUUUUUCUUAAAUAUAUUUUUAAGGAAUGGGGCAGUCCCACUCCUGUCAUAGUUUUUUUGUGCUUUUAUUGAAGAGAUAAACCAGUGUUGGAAAUACAGGGAAGGUAGGGGGAGGGGGAGUCAAAGGGCAGUGGGCCGGAUUCAAUCCCAUGCCAACUCUGACAUAUGUGUGACGGGGCCCGCGGCUGUAACCACUGGACCACAUAGGCACUGAGGCCACAAAUAAUUGAUUCUGCCUAUUGCUUGCUUGAAUGUACGCCCAGUGGACCUGCAGUCUAAAAAUAGCCUGCAUAGCCUAUAAACACAACAAGACUGAUGGAACAGAUCACAACGUUAAGCUUAGAAUGUUGAUAAACAAUAAUUUUUUCACAUUAUAAGCAAUGCACACAUGGUAAUACGCGUGAAUGUUCCAAAAUGCAAGUAGCCAGAAAACACCGGUCUAAUGCGCACCACACAUGCCAGCAGUUUCAUAUGACAGAGAUGGAAAUACAUACAGUAUCUGUAAAAUAUUCAGAAUGAGGGGAGAUCUAUUUCAGUAGGCUUAGUGCACUUAUUAGCCUAUUAAAUCACUGUCCUGCACAAAUCAAUGAGCCAUCAUCAUCACGUGUUCUCUCCCAGUAUGCAUAGCCGAAUUACGGAUACCAUCCUAUAUUUAAGAGUAAUCCCCCCAGCCCUGCCCCUUUUUUUGCACGCUGUCGGGACCACCAUUGGACUGGUAUAAAUUGUACAAAUUGCUAGUUGGGCCUUGGGGUGGGGGCUAGGGUUGAAUAUUCUCCCAGUAUUUUACAAAUGUUCCAUCCCGAGAGUAAAUCACUUUUCUCCUGGGUAACCCAGUAUUUCCCGCCAAAACCGGAAGUGUCAUUCAAAGCAUUAUAAAGCAUAUAAAGAGGCCUAUGUUUGGAUUUGAUUAGAGCUUUGAUCGAAAUGUCAAGCCUGAUGCUACCUGAGCCUGAUGAGCCAUACAUUAAAUACAUUUUAUGAGCCCUACAUUAAAACCUCUACGGGAUCGGUGUCCCUUAUAUGGGACGGUUGUUGCUCAAUAUUCGAUAUGAGACUAGAAUGGUGUUGUAAACAACAGCCAACUUUCCGGGACAUAAACAUGUCUUAUAUGGGCAGAAAGCUUAAAUUAUUGUUAAUCUAACUGCAGUGUCCAAUUUACAGUAGCUAUUACAGCUAAAAAAAUAUCAUGUUAUUGUUUGAGGAUAGUGCACAACAACAAAACACUUUUCUCAUGGCAACUGGUUUGGUACAGUCACAUCUGAAGGUAAAUAAUGUACUUACAUUCAGUAAUCUUGCUCUGAUUUGUCAUCCCAGAGAUAGAAUGUUGUGUAGUUUUGUUUGAUAAAUCUAUUUUUAUAUUCAAAUGUAGGAACUGGGUUCUACAAUUUGACCUCUGACUCCACACCCACCCCGCCCGGCCAUCUAGAUGUGUGAAGAUUAGUGUAGUUUCUGUAGGGAAGCUAAUGAUCCAUCAUUUAUGACAUUCCUGGGAGUGUGCAAACAAAAUGUUGUAUUACCAUAGCAUUUUUGUAUGUUCUCUAUAGUUAUGUACUUGAAAACCAAUUCGACACAUUUGGGAAAACUCCUGGCAGACUUGAUACAAAAUAUUGUGUAGUGAUGUAAUUCUUCACUGGAUCCGUCUGAAACUUUGCAAACACACUGCUGCCAUAUGGUGGACAACAUCUAAAUUACAUCUAUAAUCCUACAUCACUGUCUAGCCUUUCUCUUGCAUUUCAAAGAUGAUGCAAAAUAUAUAUAUAUAUAUAUAUAUAACGCAUGUUUUAUUGUUUGUAUUAUCUUUUUACCAGAUCUAAUAUGUUAUAUUCUCCUACGUUAAUUUCACAUUUCCACAAACUUCAAAGUGUUUCCUUUCAAAUGAUAUCAAAAAUAUGCAUAUCCUUGCUUCAGGUCCUGAGCUACAGGCAGUUAGAUUUGGGUAUGUCAUUUUAGGCGAAAAUUGAAAAAAAGGGUCAGAUCCUUAAGAGGUUAAAGAUAUUUAAUGCCCAAAUGAUUUUUCCAUUAUCCAAUACAUACAGUGCAUUCGGAAAGUAUUUAGACCCCUUGACUUUUUCCACAUUUUGUUACGUUACAGCCUUAUUCUAAAGUUUUUUACCCCCUCAUCAAUCUACACACAAUACCCCAUAAUGACAAAGCAAAAACUGGUUUUUAUAAAUUUGUGCAAAAAAUAAAUAAAAAUAAACGGAAAUAUCACAUUUACAUAAGUAUUCAGACCCUUUACUCAGUACUUUGUUGAAGCACCUUUGGCAGCGAUUACAGCCUUGAGUCUUAUAAUAAUAUGCCAUUUAGCAGACGCUUUUAUCCAAAGCGACUUACAGUCAUACGUGCAUACAUAUUUUUUUUUUUGUGUAUGGGUGGUCCCGGGGAUCGAACCCACUACCUUGGCGUUACAAGCGCCGUGCCCUACCAGCUGAGCUACUGAGAACCACGCUUCUUGGGUAUGACGCUACAAGCUUGGCACACCUGUAUUUAGGGACUUUCUUCCAUUCUUCUCUGCAAAUCCUCUCAAGAUCUGUCAGGUUGGAUGGGGAGCGUCGCUGCACAGCUAUUUUUAGGUCUCUCCAGAGAUGUUCGAUCAGGUUAAAGUCUGGGCUCUGGCUGGGCCACUCAAGGACAUUCAGAGACUUGUCCUGAAGCCACUCCUGCGAUGUCUUGGUUGUGUGCUUAGGGUCGUUGUCCUUUUGGAAGGUGCACCUUUGUCCCAGUUUGAGGUCUUGAGCAGGUUUUCAUCAAGGAUCUCUCUGUACUUUACUCCGUUCAUCUUUUCCUCGAUGCUGACUAGUCUCCCAGUCCCUGCCACUGAAAAACAUCCCCACAGCAUGAUGCUGCCACCACCAUGUUUCACCGUAGGGAUGGUUCCAGGUUUCCUCCAGACGUGACGCUUGGCAUUCAGGCCAAAGAGUUCAAUCUUGGUUUCAUCAGACCAGAGAAUCUUGUUUUUCAUGGUCUGAGAGUCCUUUAGGUGCCUUUUGGCAAACUCCAAGCGGGCUGUCAUGUGCCUUUUACUGAGGAGUUGCUUCCGUCAGGCCACUCUACUAUAAAUGCCUGAUUGGUGGAGUAAUGCAGAGAUGGUUGUCCUUCUUGAAGGUUCUCCCAUUUCCACAGAGGAACUCUGGAGCUCUGUCAGAGUGACAAUCAAAUUAUUGGUCACAUCCCUGACCAAGGCCCUUCUCCCCCGAUUGCUCAGUUUGGCCGGGCAGCCAGCUCUAGGAAGAGUCUUGGUGGUUUCAAACUUCUUCCAUUUAAAAAGGAUGGCGGCCACUGUGUUCUUGGGGACCUUCAAUGCUGCAGACAUUUUUUGGUACCCUUCCCCAGAUCUGUGUCUCGACACAAUCCUGUCUCUGAGCUCUACGGACAAUUCCUUCGACCUCAUGGCUUGGUUUUUCCUCUGACAUGCACUGUCAACUGUGGAACCUUAUAUAGACAAGUGUGUGCCUUUCCAAAUAAUGUCCAAUCAAUUGAAUUUACCACAGGUGGACUCAUAUGAAGUUAUAGAAACAUCUCAAGGAUGGUCAAUGGAAACAGGAUGCACCUGAGCUCAAUUUCGAGUCUCAUAGCAAAGAGUCUGAAUACUUAUGUAAAUAAGGUAUUUCUGUUGUUUAUGUUUAAUAAAUUUGCCAUGAAAAAGCAGGGGGAGAACAUGUGAUUCUGGUGCAGCACAUGGCGGCCUACAAAUUUACAAGUAUAGGCUAGCGAAUUUAAUUUUAAUUUUGAAAUAUAAUAAUAGGGCCUAUUUGUAUAAUUAGUAGGCUUUCAUAACAUUUAUCCUAAUGUUAUUAGCAUACCUCCUCUUUCUCUCUCUACUGUUUUUAUUUUUAUUUUUAUUUUAUUUUAUUUUAUUUUUAGGGGGUAGAUCAGCUUAAUAUUGCAGAUAGACUGUAACUUCCAUCAAUGUAAUUGUCUGCAUCACUUCCAAUCCCCCAUGUUUAUAUAUAUAUACAUACAGUGGGGAGAAAAGGUUUUUUAUACACUUUCGAUUUUGCAGGUUUUCCUACUUACAUAGCAUGUAGAGGUCUGUAAUUUUUAUCAUAGGUACACUUCAACUGUGAGAGACGGAAUCUUACAAAAAUCCAGAAAAUCACAUUGUAUGAUUUUUAAGUAAUUAAUUUGCAUUUUAUUGCAUGACAUAAGUACUUGAUACAUCAGAAAAGCAGAACUUAAUAUUUGGUACAGAAACCUUUGUUUGCAAUUACAGAGAUCAUACGUUUCCUGUAGGUCUUGACCAGGUUUGCAUACACUGCAGCAGGGAUUUGGUCCCACUCCUCCAUACAGACCUUCUCCAGAUCCUUCAGGUUUCGGGGCUGUCGCUGGGCAAUACCGACUUUCAGCUCCCUGCAAAGAUUUUCUAUUGGGUUCAGGUCUGGAGACUGGCUAGGCCACUCCAGGACCUUGAGAUGCUUCUUACGGAGCCACUCCUUAGUUGCCCUGGCUGUGUGUUUCGGGUCGUUGUCAUGCUGGAAGACCCAGCCACGACCCAUCUUCAAUGCUCUUACUGAGGGAAGGAGGUUGUUGGCCAAGAUCUCGCGAUACAUGGCCCCAUCCAUCCUCCCCUCAAUACGGUGCAGUCGUCCUGUCCCCUUUGCAGAAAAGCAUCCCCAAAGAAUGAUGUUUCCACCAUGCUUCACGGUUGGGAUGGUGUUCUUGGGGUUGUACUCAUCCUUCUUCUUCCUCCAAACACGGCGAGUGGAGUUUAGACCAAAAAGCUAUAUUUUUGUCUCAUCAGACCACAUGACCUUCUCCCAUUCUCCCUCUGGAUCAUCCAGAUGGUCAUUGGCAAACUUCAGACGGGCCUGGACAUGCGCUGGCUUGAGCAGGGGGACCUUGCGUGCGCUGCAGGAUUUUAAUCCAUGACGGCGUAGUGUGUUACUAAUGGUUUUCUUUGAGACUGUGGUCCCAGCUCUCUUCAGGUCAUUGACCAGGUCCUGCCGUGUAGUUCUGGGCUGAUCCCUCACCUUCCUCAUGAUCAUUGAUGCCCCACGAGGUGAGAUCUUGCAUGGAGCCCCAGACCGAGGGUGAUUGACCGUCAUCUUGAACUUCUUCCAUUUUCUAAUAAUUGCGCCAACAGUUGUUGCCUUCUCACCAAGCUGCUUGCCUAUUGUCCUGUAGCCCAUCCCAGCCUUGUGCAGGUCUACAAUUGUAUCCCUGAUGUCCUUACAAUGGUCUUGGCCAUUGUGGAGAGGUUGGAGUCUGUUUGAUUGAGUGUGUGGACGGGUGUCUUUUAUACAGGUAACGAGUUCAAACAGGUGCAGUUAAUAAAGGUAAUGAGUGGAGAACAGGAGGGCUUCUUAAAGAAAAACUAACAGGUCUGUGAGAGCCGGAAUUCUUACUGGUUGGUAGGUGAUCAAAUACUUAUCUCAUGCAAUAAAAUGCAAAUGAAUUACUUAAAAAUCAUACAAUGUGAUUUUCUGAAUUUUGUUUUAGAAUCCGUCUCUCACAGUUGAAGUGUACCUAUGAUAAAAAUGACAGACCUCUACAUGCUUUGUAAGUAGGAAAACCUGCAAAAUCGGCAGUGUAUCAAAUACUUGUUCUCCCCACUGUAUAUACACAUAUACUGUACAUAUAUACACAUAUAUACACACAUACACACACAUACACAUAUACAUACAUACAUACAUACAUACAUACAUACAGUGGGGGAAAAAAGUAUUUAGUCAGCCACCAAUUGUGCAAGUUCUCCCACUUAAAAAGAUGAGAGAGGCCUGUAAUUUUCAUCAUAGGUACACGUCAACUAUGACAGACAAAAUGAGAAAAAAAUCCAGAAAAUCACAUUGUAGGAUUUUUUAUGAAUUUAUUUGCAAAUUAUGGUGAAAAAAUAAGUAUUUGGUCAAUAACAAAAGUGUCUCAAUACUUUGUUAUAUACCCUUUGUUGGCAAUGACACAGGUCAAACGUUUUCUGUAAGUCUUCACAAGGUUUUCACACACUGUUGCUGGUAUUUUGGCCCAUUCCUCCAUGCAGAUCUCCUCUAGAGCAGUGAUGUUUUGGGGCUGUCGCUGGGCAACAUGGACUUUCAACUCCCUCCAAAGAUUUUCUAUGGGGUUGAGAUCUGGAGACUGGCUAGGCCACUCCAGGACCAUGAAAUGCUUCUUUCGAAGCCACUCCUUCGUUGCCCGGGCGGUGUGUUUGGGAUCAUUGUCAUGCUGAAAGACCCAGCCACGUUUCAUCUUCAAUGCCCUUGCUGAUGGAAGGAGGUUUUCACUCAAAAUCUCACGAUACAUGGCCCCAUUCAUUCUUUCCUUUACACGGAUCAGUCGUCCUGGUCCCUUUGCAGAAAAACAGCCCCAAAGCAUGAUGUUUCCACCCCAUGCUUCACAGUAGGUAUGGUGUUCUUUGGAUGCAACUCAGCAUUCUUUGUCCUCCAAACACGACAAGUUGAGUUUUUACCAAAACGUUCUAUUUUGGUUUCAUCUGACCAUAUGACAUUCUCCCAAUCCUCUUCUGGAUCAUCCAAAUGCACUCUAGCAAACUUCAGACGGGCCUGGACAUGUACUGGCUUAAGCAGGGGGACACGUCUGGCACUGCAGGAUUUGAGUCCCUGGCGGCGUAGUGUGUUACUGAUGGUAGGCUUUGUUACAUUGGUCCCAGCUCUCUGCAGGUCAUUCACUAGGUCCCCCCGUGUGGUUCUGGGAUUUUUGCUCACCGUUCUUGUGAUCAUUUUGACCCCACGGGGUGAGAUCUUGUGUGGAGCCCCAGAUCGAGGGAGAUUAUCAGUGGUCUUGUAUGUCUUCCAUUUCCUAAUAAUUGCUCCCACAGUUGAUUUCUUCAAACCAAGCUGCUUACCUAUUGCAGAUUCAGUCUUCCCAGCCUGGUGCAGGUCUACAAUUUUGUUUCUGAUGUCCUUUGACAGCUCUUUGGUCUUGGCCAUAGUGGAGUUUGGAGUGUGACUGUUUGAGGUUGUGGACAGGUGUCUUUUAUACUGAUAACAAGUUCAAACAGGUGCCAUUAAUACAGGUAACGAGUGGAGGACAGAGGAGCCUCUUAAAGAAGAAGUUACAGGUCUGUGAGAGCCAGAAAUCUUGCUUGUUUGUAGGUGACCAAAUACUUAUUUUCCACCAUAAUUUGCAAAUAAAUUCAUUAACAAUCCUACAAUGUGAUUUUCUGGAUAUUUUUUUCUCAAUUUUUCUGUCAUAGUUGACGUGUACCUAUGAUGAAAAUGACAGGCCUCUCUCAUCUUUUUAAGUGGGAGAACUUGCACAAUUGGUGGCUGACUAAAUACUUUUUUUCCCCACUGUAGGGCUCUAUAUCAAUCUAUACUGAACAAAAAUAUAAACGCAACAUGCAACAAUUCCAAAGAUGAACAGUUCAUAUAAGGAAAUCAGUCAAUUGAAAUAAAUUCAUUAGGACCUAAUCUAUGGAUUUCACAUGACUGGGAAUACAGAUAUGCAUCUGUUGGUCACAGAUACGAUAACAAAAAAAGGUAGGGGCGUCGAUCAGAAAACCAGUCAGUAUCUGGUGUGACCACCAUUUGCCUCAUGUAGCAAGACAUCUCCUUCGCAUAGAGUUGAUCAGGCUGUUGAUUGUGGCCUGUGGAAUGUUGUCCCACUCCUCUUCAAUGGCUGUGUGAAGUUGCUAGAUAUUGGCGUGAACUGGAACACGCUGUCAUACACAAACAUGCCAAACAUGCUCAAUGGGUGACAUGUCUGCUGAGUAUGCAGCCCAUGGAAGAACUGGGAUAUUUUCAGCUUCCAGGAAUUAUGUACAGAUCCUUGUGACAUGGGGCUGUGCAUUAUCAUGCUGAAACAUGAGGUGAUGGCGGCGGAUGAAUGGCACCACAAUGGGUCUCAGGAUCUCGUCACGGUAUAUCUGUGCAUUCAAAUUGCCCUUGAUAAAAUGCAAUUGUGUUCGUUGUUCAUAGCUUAUGCCUGCCCAUACCAUAACCCCACCGCCACGAUGGGGCACUCUGUUCACAACGUUGACAUCAGCAAACCGCUCGCCCACACGACGCAAUACUGCCAUCUGCCCGGUACAGUUUAAACCGGGAUUCAUCCAGCGUGCCAGUGGCCAUCGAAGGUGAGCAUUUGCCCACUGAAGUCGGUUAUGAGACCAAACUGCAGUCAGGUCAAGACCCUGGUGAGGACGACGAGCACGCAGAUGAGCUUCCCUGAGACUGUUUUUGACAGUUUGUGCAGAAAUGAUUUGGUUUUGCAAACUCACAAUUUCAUCAGCUGUCCGGGUGGCUGGUCUCAGACGAUCCCGCAGGUGAAGAAGACGGAUGUGGAGGUCCUGGGUUGGCAUGGUUACAAGUGGUCUGCGGUUGUGAGGCCGGUUGAACGUACUGCCAAAUUCUCUAAAACAAUGUUGGAGGUGGCUUAUGGUAGAGAAAUUAACAUUAAAUUAUCUGGCAACAGCUCUGGUGGACAUUCCUGCAGUCAGCUUGCAAAUUGCACGCUCCCUCAAAAUUUAAAUAAUCUGUUUCAUUGUGUUGUGUGGCAAAACUGCACAUUUUAGAGUGGCCUUUUAUUGUCUCCAGCACAAGGUGCACCUGUGUAAUGAUCAUGCUGUUUAAUCAGCUUCUUGAUAUGCCACAUCUGUCAGGUGGAUGAAUUUUCUUGGCAAAGGAGAAAUGCUCACUAACAGGGAUGUAAAAAAAAUGUGUGCACAACAUUUAAGAGAAAUACGAUUUCUGUGCAUAUGAACAAUUUCGGGGAUCUUUUAUUUCAGCUCAUGAAACAUGGGACCAACACAUUACAUGUUGCGUUUAUAUAUUUGUUCAGUAUAGAACAGCAUUAUCUCAUUUGGAUGCAAUUUGAAUGGAGUUGAUGGAGAGAGAGAAAGACUGCGAGAGAGUGCUCGCGCAUUCACUGAUUUAAAGCAACAAUAUUCGUGUGAUAGGCUGUUUUAAAACUGCAGCUGCAAUUAAAAAUAUCCAGAUGGAGAUGGGUAAAUUAGACCCGAAUUCAGUCUUUAUAUUACUGUAGCAUAGGCUAUUCUGCAGCAAAUGCAGGCCUACCUGUUACAAGAAUAAAAGUUACCAUGAUGAGAUGAUAGGUCUACAUUUACAUUUACAUUUACAUCAUUUAGCAGACGCUCUUAUCCAGAGCGACUUACAAACUGGUGUAUUCAACUUAUGAUAGCCAGUGGGGGGGGGGGGGGAGGGGGGGUAGAAGGAUUACUUUUAUACUAUUCCAGGUAUUCCUUAAAGAGGAAGGGUUUCAAGUGUCUCCGGAAGGUGGUCAGUGACUCCGCUGUCCUGGCAUCGUGGGGGAGCUUGUUCCACCAUUGGAACAAUGGAUUGUGAACUGCGCUCCAUACUGAGAUGGGCUGUCUGUCCCCACCCUGAGCGUUGAUUCAUCAUGCAGAGGCCGUAGAGAAACCAGAUUUAGACAUUGCAUAUAAUUUAACAGUUCCAUUUCUCGCCAUGCUGUUCAUAUAAAUAAUUUAUUAUAAUUUACUAGUUUCUCGCAGUUAUUUAUCCCUGGAAAAGGGAGUGGUUUUGGGUGGUAAAUCCCGGUAAAUCUCGGUAACCGGGUUCCUGCCAUUCAACCCUAGUGGGGUCAUUCCAAUGAGUUGGGUUCGGGGCUGUUGGAACCGAAGAUGCUGUAUUUAUACCCAGCUUAUGGUGGGUCCGGUACUGCAUUAUAUAGCCUACAAACACCGCUUCCAGAUGCCCCCUGGCGGCGGUUCUAAAUAUUCAGUAUUCAUUCACGUCCUCCUGCUGCAGGAUUCAUUUCCUCCUGCGACGAAAUGGGUCAAAUUAAGAUCUGACAUCUGUAUACACCGUCCAACCAAAUGCUUACUUGCAGGUUCCUUCUUGACAGUGCAACAACAAUAAUAAAUAAGAACAUAAAGUAAAUGACUCAGUAGAAUAGAAUAAACAUUUUAGCACAAGUAUAAUACAGGAAGGAACAAUUUAUAGUCCAAUAUUUACACGUGUAUGGGGGGCAAGUGUUUAAAUUGUGAAGUAUAUAGCAGAGUCUGUUAGCAGCAUGAAUGUAUAUGUGUGUGUAACCAACCAUACUGUUUCUCCUCAGAUCGUAAUAUUGACAAAGAGAGCAUGAAUGAGUUUAUCACCAAGAAAAGGGAGAUGUUUCUGUUGGAGGUAAGAAGGGAACGACGUUCCAUAAAAACUGACCGGGUGAUCAUGUUAUGCUCUUUAUGACAACUGGAAUAUGUCCACAGAUAUUCAGUCUUUAUACGAUACAGAAAUGCUUGAUCAUUGUAUUAAAAGUAAAUGUAUUGUUAUCUAUUCAUCGUCUUUAGUGGUUCCCACUAGUAAGGAGUUGCCUAUGUGCAGGUACAGUCAAUACAAGCUUUCUCAACCAAGUUGCUGGCAUUUCCCACAUCUUGACACCUCCCUCCCUCCCAAUUUCCCACCUCUUGACAUCUCCCUCCCUCCCUCCCCAUUUCCCACCUCUUGACAUCUCCCUCCCACCCUCCCCAUUUCCCACCUUCUUGACAAUCCUUUCCCACCUCUUGACACCUCCCUCCCUCCCCAUUUCCCACCUCUUGACAUCUCCCCUCCCCCCCAUUUCCCACCUCUUGACAUCUCCCUCCCUCCCCAUUUCCCACCUCUUGACACCUCCCUCCCUCCCCAUUUCCCACCUCUUGACAUCCCCUCCCUCCAUUCACCCUUGCCCUCCCCCCCAUUUCCCACCUCUUGACAUCUCCACCCCCUCCCCAUUUCCCACCUCUUGACACCUCCCUCCCUCCCCAUUUCCCACCUCUUGACAUCUCCCUCCCUCCCUCCCCAUUUCCCACCUCUUGACAUCCGUCUCCCUCCCUCCCCACUCUUGACAUCUCCUCCCUCCCCUCCCAUCCCUCCCUCCCUCCCAUCCCUCCCUCCCUCCUCUCCCUCCCUCUCCUUCUUACAUCUCCCUCCCUCCCUCUCCAUUUCUUGACAUCCUCCCUCCUCCAUCCCUCCUCUCCUCUCUCCCCCAUUUCUUGACAUCUCCCUCCCUCCCUCUCCAUUUCUUGACAUCUCCCUCCCUCCCUCCCUCCCUCCCUCCCCAUUUCUUGACAUCUCACUCCCUCACUCCCUCCCUCCCUCCCUCCCUCCAUCCAUCCUCCAUCCCUGCCUGUCCCUUCUCAUCUCUCUCCCAGUACUCCUUGGCUGUGAAGCGUGGAGAGAUCGAGCACCUGGAGAAAAUGGCGGCAGGCGAGGAGAGGAAGCUGAUGCGCGCCGAGCGGUUCCUGGAGGACGACGCCAUCAUGUUCGACGAGUUCCUCAAAGAAAACGACAAGAACUCUGUGGAGGCCAUCAAAGUGUAAUAACAAACAAUAUGGUUGAUGCAUGUACAAUCUAUGUUCCUCUUCUACUUCAUAAAAUCAUAUGGUGUCUCCAUUUUGCACAGUGCUGAGUUAGAGACCAAAGUGAAACUGGAGAAGGUGACUGAGAUCAAGAGGCUCACGACUAGGAUGGUGACCAUUAAGAAGUGGGUAGUACACAGAGCAUUACAGCUAGGAUGGCCAUGGCCUCCCGCCUCAGUAUAAUAUAAGAACUGUUGGCGUCAAUCAACUAUAGUCAAUGCAUGAUGUACAGGAAAAAGUUGUAAAGGUUACACAUCAUGUAUAGCUCAAGGAUGUGUGUGUGUGUGUGUGCGCGCGUUCAUGCGUUUGUUUGGGUGCGUGCAUGCAUGCUCUUCUCCUGCAGUGACAUCUCUAAGUUUGAGGACAUCAUAAAGGAGUACACCAUGUACAAGGAUUUCCUCUUUAAGCUGUCCCCUCCAGAGUGGCAAGAGGCACAGAAGACCAAGACACCCAAAGCCAAGUCUGUCACCAAGGACACGUCCAAAGAGAAAGACAAUGAGAGGGCCACUCCGAAAAGAAGUACUAGUAUAUCUUCUUUCUUAGUGUUUUGUUAUGUAUUGUUGCAUAAAUAUUUGACUUCAGUACUGUGAUGUAGUGGCCUGUAAAAUGGUGAUGGGCUGUUGCAUUUGAUGCUAUAUUGUGUCUAUACUAAAGCGCCUCUUUUUUAUUCUCCGUUUUCUGUCUCUCCCUCUCUCACUUACACACACGUACACACACAGGUGUGGACAGCAGGGCGUCCUUUGCGAGUCGAGAGCUGCCCCCUCUCCGGGAUGCCAGGGCCACCUCUAGACAGUCGAUACGCCAGAGUGACAAACCGUGAGUGUGUGUGUGUGUGUGUGUGUGUGUGUGUGUGUGUGUGUGUGUGUGUGUGUGUGUGUGUGUGUGUGUGUAUGUAUGUGUCACAAAUCACGAGUACAACAGUGGGCCUCAGGGUAUCUAUGGGAGUCACCCAUUGGUGGAAGUGGGUUUGAAUAUGACCAUGUUAUAUGCUAUAAUUUUGGCUAAUUUUAGUGCUGAGUUCCUGUCUUUUCAGGAGCCCUGUGGCAGAACUGGAGACCGACAGCUCUGAAUAUGAGGUUAGUUUCAACUUUAGAAGAUCAGUAUUACACUGGAGGAUAACUGCAUUCUGGCAAAUUUCAUAAACUGACACCAGAAUUGAAUAAAUGAGACGUUUGAAUAAAAAUUGAAUACAGCCUGAAUAUGACUUAAAAUGUCAAGGGCCUAUUUUCUGGACACAGAUUAAGCCCUAAAAAGCAUGCUCAAUGGAUCAGUCUCGACUAAAAUACAUUUUCUCCAUGGGCGCGUUUGAGCAGAUCACUUUUGACCAUCAUUGGUCACCGCCUUCCAGUGUGUUGCAUUAUGGGAAUAAAAAUUAUCCGACUUGCGCCUACACGAAGACUGCAUGAACUCAUGAAGUUAUGACUGCAGUCGACUGCAAGUUUCUGCAGUUGCUCUUCACCAACUUUAUCCUGCAGCCAUCGCCUGGAUUGUGGGAGGCUCUAUUGUCAACGAAUAAUUAUGGUGUUUUUGUUUGAUCCACGUGAACGUGACCAAACACGUGACUGAAACAGAUACCAACUUUGCCGCGAUUCAUGUAUACAGUGGAUAUGUACAAAUGAAUGUGAUAUUUGAGGCUCUCUCUCACUAAUUGAUAGGUCAAUGUACACACAUAUAUUUACAGUUUGUGAGUGUGUAAUAUGGAGGUUGUAGACAUGUUUAUUUCGACAUUACAAAGAAAAACUUGUAUAAACAAUGGCAACACUGCCAUGUUGAGUUGAGCCUUGCUGUUAAAAAAACACAUUAGUGUCCGACUUUUGGCUGUCGCAGAUGCACCUUCACUCCUCGACUUACGUCUGCGUCGGUUGCUUCAGCCUUAACACUUUAAAAGUGCCCCAUGACUAGGAUUAAUCUGAGAAAACCGACCAAAAUCUGAUUAUGUUCAACUUCAACCCCACUAGUCCAUAUAGGCAACCUAGCUUCCUGCUAAAGGAUAUCUUUCCUAUACAACUUACCCAUACUUUUCAACUUACUCUGGAAGAAGUCUAUGGGAGAAUCUCAAUUGCAUUUCCUCGAUUCCUCACGUCCGCUCUCCUCGCCUCUCGUCCGCUCUCCUCGCCUCCUAAUCCAAUGGGUUUUGAGAAGGAGGCAAGGAGAGAUGACGCGAAGAAUCAAGGAAAUGCUAUUGAGAUUCUCCCUAUGUCUCUAUGCCUAUCUGUGUGUGGUGUUUGUCGCCCCCUGCAGGAACACCCAGAGCUGUACUUCACGGACCCCAGGCAGCUGCUGGAGCUGCUUACAGAGCUGGAGGAGCAGAACCUCUCUCUGAUCCAGAACUCCAGGGAGACGGAGGAGGCCCUGGAGGUGUUCAGUAAGGUCAUGGACCAUACAAGGAAAAAGAUGUAAGUAAGACCUGCUGGGGUUAGAGGUCCCCCCCCCUCCCCGCAGUCCCCGCAAAGCGGGUGGGCCCACGAGCUCUGGGGGUGCCGACCUCCCCCCAUCCCCCAGGUGGGGGCCACCAGAGCCCCUAUAGUCCAGUAAAAUCUGGAUUAUGCCUCCCAUUCCAAUUACACUGGUUUGGAUUUCUCCCAUUUUCACCCCAUUCGGGAACUUCGAGGGUUUAUGUCAAAGCCCUUCUAGUAAUGUAAUAGGAUCUCCAGAUAGAAUAUGAACUAAAUGUUUAGAAUUACAGGUAAUUAGCUGUAAAACGGCAAAAUGUUCUCUCAGCCUCAUGGCAACAUUUGUAGAAUAGCAGGAAAUUAGUUUAAAAAAUUAUAAAUGAUCUCAGCCUCAUUGCAAAAUGUGUAGAAUAGCAUGAGAUUAGCUAUAAAACAGCACAUUUCCCUCUUUGCCCCAUGACAAAAUGUGUAGAAUUGCAGAAAAUUAGCUUUAAAAAUACAAAAUUCUCUCAGCCUCAUUGCAAAAUGGGUAGAAUAGCAUGAGAUUAGCUAUAAAACUGCACAUUUUCCUCUCAGCCUCAUGGCGAUAUAAUUAAUAAUAGUAUUCAUUUAAUUUGUAAAGCGCUUUUCUCAGACCAGAGGCGAAAAGAUAAAUAAUAAUACAAAAUAAAUACAUAAAUAAUAAUAAAAACAAAAACACAGAACAUAGAACACAGACAACAAUCAAAGCCAUAUACAGGUUUCGUCAGAUCCGGACGACAUGAGAACAGAAUUAGCAGAGGUCCUUGAAAACAGCACGGUCUUGAGAUGUGCCUUAAAGAAGGACAGAGACUCUGCAGCCCUAAUAGUUCCUGGAAGUGCAUUCCACAGCCUCAGAGCCACGCAACUGAAAGCCCUGUCACCCAUAGUUUUUAGUCUGCUGCAGGGCUGCUUAAGGGAGACAGACCUGGAGGAGCGAAGGGUGUGUGUGGGGCAGAAGGGUAGAAUGAGGUCAGACAGGUACUUUUUCAUAGCUUGGUAGGUGUGGGGAGCUAGUGGAGGUUGAACAGCACUGGAGUGAUGUGCUCGCGGGGGAGGUGUGGGUGAGGACACGUGCAGUACAGUUCUUGAAAUAUUGUAGCCUGUUUAGGCACUUGGCAGAUGCGCCAACAAAAAUGGCAAAUAUGUGUAGAAUUGCAUGAAAUUAGCUUUAAAAAUACAAAAUUCUCUCAGCCUCAUUGCAAAAUGUGUGGAAUAGCAUGAGACCAGCUAUAAAACUGCACAUUUUCCUCUCUGCCCCAUGGCAAUACGUGUAGAAUUGAAGGAAAUGUGCUUUAAAACAGCAACAUUUUCUGUCAGCCUCAUGGCAAAAUGUUAAGAAUAGCAAGAUAUUAGCUAUAUAAAUUCUAAUUUUUCUCUUUGCCACAUGGAAAAAUGUGUAGAAUUGUAGGAAGGGGAGCCUUGCUCAGACCUGGCGGGGGGCCCUGCGAAACUGCGGUAGGCCACUGGCUCGGACUACCACAAAGUUAUUGUAGAAAGGAAAUGAUUUUGACUGACAUUGACAAGAGCUAGGAUGUUUUAUGUCAUGAGUACCCUUCAUAGUUCCUUCUCUCUCUUUCCUCACCUGCAUUCGUUUCUAUGUGUGUGCGCGGCUGUGCACCAUUCUUCUCUCCCCCCUCUCUGUAGGGAGCUGGAGACCAUCCAGCUGACCCAGCAGAUAGACAUCAUGACCCACACCAUCCAGAGGGAGAAGGAACGGGCUGCCGAGCUGGAGCUGAGGGCCCGCCUCUUCAAUUUUGGGAAGUACAAAUCCGCUGACCAGGUAGGAGAAAGAAAAGUUGCCCUUGAGACAAUGAUCUAAAGUCUGUUCGUCUCUAAUGGUCGAUGUUAGGAUUUGGGGAAGGUAAGCAAAUCCUAGAUCUGUGCCUACUAACAAUGGGACAGGUCACUGACGGUUAUGCAGAGGAUCAGAGGAAAUGCUAAUAUCAGUAGUGAGCCAGUCAUUGGCCUUAGAUCAUAUAGAUCUUUCUCUCUCACCUCUUUGUUCCUCCACUGUAGGAUUGUAUGCUGGACUCCCUGGGCGCUAAGGUGGAGGAGGUGUACCGGGGCUGCGUGGGCGACAAAGAGGCCAACCUGAGCACGCUGCAGAUGCUGACGGUUAUCGAGAGCCGCCUGGGCGAGCUGCUGGAGAACGUGGAGAUGAUCCCCAAGGAGCAGCUGCUGAUGGCCGAGAGGACCAAGGAGAAGGAGAGGAGGCUUAGGUGCGGGAGAGUUGGAACGCAGCUUCGUAUGACCAUCAUAUAGGCUAGUCACGUUGGCCCCAUUCCAUUUCAAUCUCUAGGUCUUAAGGAUCUAAGCUUUAGCCUCUGCCUAGUGCCCAUGGUUGGUUGAUGCAUAGUGGAAGAAACUACUUUGGUGUGCUGGUGUCAUAGGCAGCAAUUUGACUUGGGCCCCGUUCCAAUUGGUGUUCCAUGUGGUAGCUGGGUGCCAGAGCUGAGUUUCUUUCAGUUUGAAGCACAUUUGUGAAGUUGACAUCUAGACUGGAGAUUUAAAUGAAUCUACCCUUCUCCUCCUUUCCCCCCCAUGAUCCUUUGCUUCCUUUCUGUAGGCUGCGUGAUGAGAAGAUGCAUCAGGCAAAGCAGCACCAGGAGGAGAGGCUGAAGAGGGCCCUGGAGAGAGCCCAGGCCGACAUCAAGAAAACAGUCAGUCACACAAUCUGCCUCAACACCACACCAUUACGAUCCUACAGGCAAAAGUUAUGACCAAAGUUCUGGGCAGAAAAUCAGUGUGAAACAUGACAUUUCCAUUAAUGCCUAUAACCCAGAUUACAUUGCGUAACUAAGGGCUGGAUUCAGUCCGUAUCGCGGAAGAUCCGCAUAAAAAUGUUAAGGUAAUUUACGACUGAGCCGACAUAUGCAGCAUUUACUAUGAAUGCAGGAACAUUGCCUUUAAAUUUCAAUCGAGCUAUACCGUGGAUCCUCUGCGAUCCUUCCACGAUAUGGAUUGAAUGCAGCCCUAAACCACUGGUUUAGUUACCUUGGGGACUGUUCUAUUAUAUGGUAGAAAUGGAGAAUAAGCAUAACAUUUGAUAAAUAUCCAGAGUUCAUGUCAUAUAAUUAAUUGUACUACAGAAACCAUACCAUAGUGUUCUCUUCAUUUGACGAUGCUAACAUUUAGGCCCUUUUCUCCAGACUGGCAAGAAACUGAUGGCCAGAUCGCAGCCCCCUGCCAGCAAGCUGAAGACCAGCCAGGUGCAUGACAUCUCAGACAAGGAGAAAGAGGAGCAGGUCUACUUCUUCACCUAAAGGGCCGAGUCAGUCAUAACACAGCCCCUACGCCGUUACUGACCAGAACUCAUUUCAUCUGUUUUGGCCUAUUGUGGGGCUGUGACUGACUCACUGUAAAUACUGACGAAUAAUUGGGUAUGACAUGACUGGUAUAAGUAAGGCUUAUCAAACGUCCCUAUUGGACACUGGUGAUGUCACAUGAUGGGAUAGGUCCUACUUCUUUGAAACUGGGUGGUUGUUUAUAUUGACUUGGCGGGGAGCAUGUGGACUUUCUUUUGGUGGAGAGCUUUAUUGGGCAGGUGGACAGUGCUCUCACCACACAUUUUAUAGACUUGGAUUAUUUUGUCAUACCAGAUGUACAAUAUUUUUCCAAUAUCAGAUUUUGAUUACAAUAUUUAGCCAUACCAGAUUACGUUUUAUGACAUUUCUUAUCCUUUAUAUUAUUGAUAAUCUAUUGUGCUUCUUUACCUGAUCAUAUAUGAAUAGCAGAUGGACUACAUGCGAUGAACAAAUGAAUACACAUUUCACAAUAAAGCUCUACUCUUGCCUCUGGUGAAUUCAAUGUGAACCUAUAAUCUAUAUAACCCCAGAGUGAAACCAGG